CACUAGGCUUCAGUCCCCACUGAGACGUUGAAUUGCAAGGUACAAACGUUAGUGACUAUAUGUCAUAUAAUACUCAUCUACGAAAAAGUAAAGUUCAUUUUGCUUGUGAAAAAAUAAUUAACAUUAAAUGUGUUAAUUUUAGUUACCAUGUCUCAAGUUUCAUGAAAUCUCAAUUAAAAUAACGUGAAUGUGCAAUCUCGAUUUGUUAAUUAAUAACUUGAUUGGUGCAAGAAUUUUGUUGAAGUAAAGUAAUAAACAAUAAGAAAGGUAAAUCAUAUCUAAUGAUGAUGCACGCGAUGAGUGAACAUGCUGGAGGUGUUGGAGGCCUUGGUGUAGGUGUGUUACCUUUUGACGGAAUGGGUUUAUAUGAACAACCGCGUCCAAAAUUCGUUUUUAAGAUGCCAAGAGUUGUACCUGACCAAAAGGCUAAAUUUGAAAGCGAUGAGUUGUUCAGACGACUGAGCCGUGAAUGCGAGAUAAGAUAUACAGGAUUUAGAGACAGACCUCUCGAGGAACGUCAAGGCCGCUUUCAAAAUGGGUGUCGAGAGGGUCAUACAGAAAUUGCGUUUGCUGCGAUGGGAACAAAUCUUCAACUGACUUUCGGCCCUUCCACAGGAAAUUAUUCUAACGAACCGAGUACAUGUGAUUUCGACAAGGAACACGGAAAGGUUCAUUUGAAAUCACACUUAAUAAUGAACGGUGUAUGCGUAAAGUGGCGAGGUUGGAUCGAUUUAGAGCGUCUUGAUGGAGUUGGAUGUUUGGAAUUUGAUGAAGAAGCGGCAGCUAGAGAGGAUGCUCAAUUGCGCAAUCAGCUGAACCGAUACAAUGAACGCCUACGUCAGUUUGAUGAGAAACAACGGGCAUACAGAAACGCGGCAGCACAACAACCGCACCAUAAUCAUCAUCUUGGCCAUCAUCAUCAUCAUCACCAUCAUCUGGGUCAUCAUGUUUCGGGAACUAGUGGAGUAACAACACCAGCGGACAAAUUUUAUUAGAAGUUAUUAAAUUAAUACCAUUAGUAAUCAAUUUGGUUCAGUUAAUUGAAAAUUUUUAUUUUAUAUCAAUUUUGGUCAGAAAAAUACAUUAUUCAUUUAU